AUGAUUGAACAAACUUUCCAGUUUACAGAAGAAAUUAGCGAAUCCAACGAGGACGAUGAACAAGAAUUUUUGCUUCAACCAGUUAAAAGAGAACUUCUACCAGUUGACCUGACUGAGAUACAUGACGAUGCACUGACUCCUACUGCAUUUUCUGGGCUUGAGUCAAAUAAUGAUUUGCCAGAUAAUAAUCAAGCAAGUUGUUCAGAGAAUGUACCUUUAUCAACUGAAAACGAAGCAGAGGAGGAAAACGAAUGGGUUCUUGAUUAUUUAGAGAAAAUACAGGAUGCUCUUCAGGAAGAAAUGGAAAAUAUUACGAGAGACGCACAUGAUGCAGAUGAAGAAGAAAUUUGGUAUGAUGCUUUAGAGGAAAUAAACAAAGCGGAUACUCGUGUGGAGACUGGAUCAAAAGAAAAUCUUGACUCCAAACCUUUGUACGAAAAUUCCCCACUCACAGUCGGAGUGAGUGCUUUACUUAUCAUGACAUUUGCAGUGAGACAUAUGAUAACUGGUAAGGCUUUGCAUGACUUGUUGGUUUUAAUAAGUUUGCACUGUGGAUUGCCAAACUAUUGUUUUAAAACACUAUAUACAUUCAAGAAAUACUUUCAAAAUUUAAACAGCCCCCUGAAAUUUCAUAACUAUUGUUCAAAAUGUAACAUUUCGAUUGUGAUCUUCCCGCUAAAUGCAUGGUAUGCAAUUCAGUCCAGUUCAAUGGUCGCUAUGGUUGUUCGAAAUGCAAGCAGCCAGGGGAAUCAGUUCGAACUGAAAAAGGUGGGACAGUACUCACCUUCCCAUUCAAGAAUGACGACCCAAAAGGCCCUGAGCGUACGCAUCAAGAAACGAUAGAAGAUGCUAAACAAGCCGUUAUUGAUGACAAACCAUGUUAUGGUAUUAAAGGACCAUCAUGGCUAGCGGGUCUGAAACACUAUGACAUUAUAAAAGGACCCGGCAUAGACUAUAUGCACGCAGUACUUUUAGGUGUGAUGAAAUUGUUCUUAAAUUUAUGGUUUGGAACAAAUCGCAGUCAUGACUUUAGUAUAUCUGAUAAGAUAAGUCAAGUUGAUAAGCGUCUUCUUUCAAUUAAACCACCAGAUAAUAUAUCCACAUGCCCACGCUCAAUAGAAGCGCACAGAAAGUACUUUAAGGCUUCAGAAUUGCGUUCUUUUCUGUUGUUCUACAGACCGGCAGUACUUUUUAAUAUAUUAUCAACCUAUGUACUAUGAACAUUUUCUUCUUUUAAGCGAAGCGAUACACAUAUUGUUACAGGAAUCUAUUACUAUAGAUGAGGUAGCGUAUGCUGAGCGGCUCCUAUUCCAUUUCUGUGUUAUGUUUGAACCAUUGUAUGGUAAAAGAUUUCAAACUGCAAAUAUUCACGGCCUUGUUCAUUUAGCAUAUAAUGUGAGAGAGCUAGGACCAUUGUGGACACACUUGUGUUUCCAUUUUGAAGACAAAAAUGGUUUUCUUUUAAAAACAAUUCAUGGUACGCAGCAAAUACAAUUUCAAAUCAUAUCUACAAUUUCCAUUUCGAAGCGUAUACCAGAACUUGAGAAAGAUUUUCUCUUGAACGGGUCCAACGAAUGCAAAUUUUACCAUAAACUGAUAGGAAAAGGAAAAGCGAUGAAGAAUGAGGUACAACUUUCACAAGAGUGUUAUGGGAUCGGUGGAGUUAGCUGGCGUCAACUUUCCCCUCUCGAGUUUGAGGCGAUUUCUAAAACAUUUGGUUCUGCGCCUCCAAACAUAAAAGUGCAAGCAUUUUCCCGUAUCCGAAAACUGAAGUGUGUCUACCAAUAUAAAGCUUAUAAACGUGUUCAAAGCAGAAAUAGUUACACGAUAAGGUUCAUGGAUGGAAAUAAGGACAGUUACGGACAUAUCGAAUUCUUCGCUCAGUUCAAGCCAAUGUGUUUGUGUGCCGAGGUAGAAUGUAGGUGUCCUAUUUUCAAUGUUGCAGUUGUUUCUACUCGUUCACGACUAGAUGUGAACCUAAUACACAACGAUAUCACGCAUGCAUCGGUUCCGAACAUUAUUGUAGUAGCCCCACCAAAGACCAAUAAAAUACAGGUUGUUGAAAUAGAGAAAAUACAAGAGAAGUGCACAUACAUGCAAUUUUGUGACUCCAGAUCAAGCAUUUGUAGCACGGUUUCCAAACUUGGUUGA